ACUGUCCCAGUCAAAAUUAAAGACUGACGACAGCGUUUACAUCUUAAAUUCAGUCGCCUGUAAUGGAUUCUACAGCGUUCUUCUAGUUUACAAAGUUUUUUGAACGCAUCAGGAGGCUGGCAGCUAGCCUAGCCGGCUAACCUGGCUAAUCUGAUUUAUUGUGUCGGUUAAGAGCUCGUAAGGUUAGCUGGGAUUACCUCGUUUUAUUUUGUAAUCAUUUCCGCGGAACACAACGUUUAUCGGACGUCAAGUACCUUCCUAAUUCAAGAAUGGCAUCGCUUGGGGAACCUGUCAGGCUGGAAAGAGACAUUAACCGUGCAAUUGAACUGCUUGAUAAGCUCCAGAGGACAGGAGAAGUUCCUCCCCAGAAGCUGCAGGCACUGCAAAGAGUAUUACAGAGUGAGUUCUGUAAUGCUGUCAGAGAGGUGUAUGAACAUGUGUAUGAAACUGUGGACAUCAACAGCAGUCCUGAGGUCAGGGCGAAUGCCACAGCAAAGGCUACUGUGGCAGCUUUUGCAGCGAGUGAGGGUCACUCUCAUCCACGUGUUGUGGAACUGCCAAAGACAGAAGAAGGGCUAGGCUUCAAUAUUAUGGGUGGAAAAGAGCAAAACUCACCUAUUUAUAUCUCACGGAUCAUCCCAGGUGGCAUCGCUGACCGGCAGGGUGGCCUGAAGAGAGGCGAUCAGCUUCUUUCUGUUAAUGGGGUGAGUGUGGAAGGUGAACACCAUGAAAAAGCUGUGGAACUCCUCAAGGCAGCCCAGGGCACAGUGAAGCUGGUAGUAAGGUAUACCCCCAAAGUCCUAGAGGAAAUGGAGUCACGCUUUGAGAAAAUGAGGUCAGCGAAGCGCCGGCAACAGAACAACUAUCCCCAGUAGGAUUUUUUUUUUUUUUUCUCCAUGUUGAUGCCCAACUCCCAUGUCUCUUUCUCUAGCCCUCUGGUCAUCUGUUCUUUAUCUUCCUGCAUAAAACACAUAAACAUAACCAAGUUCAGGUUUAGUUUAUCUUCGCAUAAAAGUUGUGCUUCAGACAGUUUUCACCAUUACUGCUGUACUGGGCACUAAAACACUUGCUGAACACUAGGAUAGUGUAGGUUAUCACACCUUGUGCAUUAUAUAUAUAUAUAUAUAUAUUUUUUUUCUUUCAAUUAAGUUUGAAUACACUUUUGAGAACUUCAAACAUUCUUUGUCUCAAAAGGUAGUGUUUUCAGAUCCAUUAAAUCCGCUACCAAAUGCCUCAGGGCAAAAUCUUAUAUAUAGUGAUUUGAAGUUCAAGUAGUGAUAUUUAAAGUGCUGAGGGUAUAACCUUUUUUUUAAUACACAUUUUCUUAAAGUCCAACUGAAAUUAUAUUACUUUUUAAAUCUGCAUCACACACAUUUACACAUUUGUCUUUUGAGAAAUUUUUUUCUCAUCUUUAACCUGGAUGGACACACCUCUGUCCUUGCAUGUCUUUAUUUGCUCUCUUUAGAUUGAGGGCUUUUUUGCUUGCAGCCACUGAAAUGAUGUAAUUUUAAACUGCAUUUUCAUGAAGAAUAGUGCCACUGUUCACUUACUGGCUGAGUAACAUUGAAAACCAGAUAGUCUGAAAUAUAAUGCGAGUAGCGAUUCAAAGUCUGGAGUUACUUUCCAGUGUUGUUACUUACAGACUAAUUUUGUAUCUCAUUUUAAUCAAUAAGCACGGAUACAUCCUGCCCUGCAACUUACUAAAUAAAUGACUACACAUUGGUAGCAUAUUGCUCCACUAUAAGACAUAAUGAUCUAUGUCAUUAAUGUUUGCUAGCCAUCUAGCUAAUUAGCAUGCAAGCUGUAACAUUUCAGGCUCCAUCUUCCACCCAGGACAAGGUGCUAAGUUGUUACCAUAUUUGAACUCAUGGGUGUAUCAGUCUAAAAAUGAGAUGUGGUCUGAAGAUACGGUUUUCACAGGCCUUUAAAUGUGGUAUGAAACAAAAAAUAAUACACCUUUAAUAUGCGUAAGAACCUUUGCUUUGAAAAAUGCAUUACAAACACUAAUUACACACUUCAAACGUAAAAGCAAAACGCCUCACUCAGUCCAUCUGUUUCGCAGAGUAUGACCGCGUGCAUAACAGCAAAAUUCCUGUUAAAGACAGACUGAACAGUUUUUAACUUAGCUUAAAAAUUACUGCAGGCACGCCUGGCUUGGAACUUCCAUUUAUUCAAGAAUUUGCAUGCAGGGUCCUUUUCAAAGGUCAGCCUGAAACACCUGCACCUACAUGCAUAAUUCUCUGUGAAUACUCUUCACACGUAAUGGAGGCAACUGAUGUUAAAGUACACAACAUUCAAAUCCAUGCUGUAUCUCGUCCAGUUGAUUUGGAUCCACUUUCUCAUGUGGGAACUUCUCACUUCUGAGUGCGCUCUGUGAAUAACAGUGCUGCAUGCACUUGGUGCAUUUGUGACUUCAUGACAGUAGCAUGCACAGCUCUGAAUGAUUGAAUUUAUGCUCGGUCUACAAUAAGCCCUUGACUAACAAAGACGGUAAAUCCCAGUGCUCACUUUUGCAAUCAGUUCAUGUGUUGUCUCGAUAGCAAAGCAGACUUGGGCAUCCUCUAAAUUCCCGUGAACCACACACUAUGUCCCUGAUGUUCUUUUUGAUUUUAUAAGCUCUACUUAUGAGUGUGGCUUUGUUUGCGCUCUUGAUGAUACUUUUUUUUCUUUUCCACCAAAUAGAGCAACCCACCAGAUUCAGUGAGCUGACUGGGGAACGUGACCCUGUGUAAAAUCUUGGUGCAAUUAUGUUUUGUAGCAACUAGCAAAAAUAGUCAUAUUGCCAAUUUUGAAUUGGCAAGUAGCUGAAAUUGGUACAUUUUCUUAACCGGCCACAGAAUUGCUGAUACACCAGCUCAGCUUCCAGUUACUGUGCAGGACUUGAGUUGUCAGUAUAUCUUUCAAUCAAGCAUACUGUUUUGCAUAGUAAUUAGGUGAAAGUAACCUUUGUGUGAAUGUUUUUAAGUGUGUUGUUGCUUUAAAAAUUACUGUGACGUGCAUUUCCACAAAACUGACUUUUUCAUGAAUUCAGUUGGACUUUAAUUGGAAAACACUUGAUGAUUAAAGUUAAGGACACUUCAAAUUCUCCAACAUGCCACAUUAUUUAAAAAAAAAUCAGUAUGUUCUCUUUGGUGUGAAUAGUCUUGUGGGUAUUACAGCUGAUCUCAUUAGAACAAGAACAGGCGCUAAAUCAUGUCGUAACAGAGACAAUCACACUCACUCCUGAUUGAUUUGUUGACAUGAACUGGAAUGUACUGUAUGUUGUGCUUUUCUUUACCAGGUAAUGACGUAAUGUCAGUCGUCCUCUUGAGUCACAAACCUGUUGAAUAUGAUCUGCUGUCAUUACUUUUUUUUUUUUGUUAAUAAAAUUGCAUAUGUUUGUCUACCACUUAAAAUGCCACUGCUGACUCAUCAGUGUUUUGCUUUUGCUUUACAUCUGUUAAACUGCUGUGAAAUUUGUGCUCCAUGUUUCUGGAUUUCAUGAAGAACACACAUUUCAGUCUUAAAUGCAGCAUUGACUGUAUUCUCUCUUACAUAGCUGUCAUGCCCAUUCAUCAUCAUAGCAGGCGUAGAAUAAGGGUUACCAAUACAUAAAUAUGAAAAAAAAGUCUUCAAAUAUAAAUAACUUGUUUUGAAGAGAUGAGGUGCAUUAGAAGAUUUAAUUUAUAAUAGGUUAUGUUUUACUGACUUUAAAGUGUCAAAUCAAAUUUAUUGUCUUGAUGUAUAACUUUUUUUUUAUCAUGAAUAUUGAUCACCUUUGACAAAAUAACUGUGUCGUACACAAGCAACACAUGAAUUAUGACAAAUAGUGUAUUUGGUAAUGCCACAGUCUGUCACAUUCUUUCUCAUAUAUAACACGCUCAAACACAUAGUUAUACCUUCAUUCUAUAUAUAGGCUAAUUUGUCAUGUCUACAAAUACAUCACUAAGAACAAAGCUUCCACGGUUUCAGAGAGUUUGUAUAAUGCACGUUUUGCUGUCAUGUUGUCAGACUUUAUAUCAUAAGAACAUUUCUUUAUAUUCUGGAAUAUUAAUGUGUUUAUAAAAAAAGGAAGACACUCAUGCCUGUCUGUUCGAUGUUUGACAAGUCCCCUGUCGUGGCUUUCUGUAAAUGCCUUCAAUAUCUCCAGGUCAUCUUCUCUUUGUGGGGAACUUUAACAAAUCUGUUGCUCACUCCAGAGAUUUUAUUAAUUCCAGUUUAUGUUGUUUCCGUGGAAGAGGCAAAGCUGUAUGUACAGUAUAAAGCAAAUAUAAACUAGCUUUUGUUUGGGCGGGGUUGGGGGGCGUGAAGUAGAAGACACACAUGACAGCAUAUGAAUAUCAAUGACAUCUGAAUGAGCAAAGCACCUUUGCCUUCAAUACAGCAUUGCUUUACUGUAAGUCCCAAAUUGUGCACAGUCUGCUGUCAAGAAUUUUGUCAGUGUGAUUAAAGCUGGUAACACACAAACCAAUCACUCAAAACGUUGUUCUUGUUUGGUAAUAAUCUCUACAUUUAUUCAUUAUAAUGGUUUCAACAUGCCCACGUGUAAUGUUCCAUUAAAUGUCAUAUUAACCUACAGCUACAAGUGCAGGUUUUUUUUUUUUGUUUUUUUUUAACAUGCCAGUGCUAAAUGGUAUGUCAAAAAUUUAACCUUAAAGCUUUAAAAAAAAUUACAACAAAAAACACACGCAUAAUGAGCACAUAGCUGAGAUGUAUUUAGUGAGUAUGGUUUAUGGUAUCUUUUAUUGCAUAUGCAAAAUGUUGAAUUGGGAGAUACAUUAUGAAUAAAAAAAGUCCUGGAAGACCUGAAAGCAAAUGACGUAUCUAUGCAACAUGACUAAAAAAAAACAAACAAAACUCUUUCUUGUGACUGUACAAUAUGGUCAUUUCUACAUUACUGAUUAAUUUAAAAUUUAUACCACAAAGAUGAUGUAAUCAAAAUUGUGGCAUUAGGUGAUUCCACUGUCUGUUAUGAACAAUUAUGUACCAGAUUGUUAUAGUAAUUAAAAAAAAUCUAAAUUUUAAAUUUUCUAAUGGAUGAAGUCAUCCAGUAGAUUGGUGGCAGAGUUGAAGAUAUUUCAUCUCAUAUCCAGCAGUAGUGUUCUGGACUUUACCAUUUAAAACUUCCCUUCUUUUUUUUUUAGGUUGUGUCCAGAUAAAGAAGCAGACAUUUAGGCAUGUAAAUUACACUUGUGCAUAUGUACUGGGUUUUAUCCCAGGUUAUCUUGGUGUUUUCACUGCUGACACAGUUAAUCAGGGAACAAACAAACAGACACGUACUAAGACUUGCAUUGAUACUGAACAAGUCAAACCUAAUUUCACCGACCAACGUCGCCUAAUUUAGUUGCACCAUUGCGUGAGCAGUAGUAGCCCUCAAAUUUCUAAAAAAAAAAAACAACAAAAAAAUUUCUUGUUUAUAUAUUGGAAGGGUUAGAACAAUAUUUUUGUAUAUUUUCCUUUGAUAUUUUCUCAAUUUUUAUAAGUGGGUUUCCUAAAAUAAAUUCCAGGAAUGAUUGGUACUUCCAUGUUGAUUUUGUACCAGGGCCAUAUCAGCAUAGCAGCACUGAUUUGUUUGAUGUCACAGGUGAAUGAUUUUCCAAAACAGGUGAUAAACUGGCCUAGUUUAGUGCUGCUUUUCUGAGAUCUGAUCUUUUUUUUUUCUUUCCAAUUCCAAGACCAAACUUGUAAUAUUUGUGAAAAAAAAAAUGUUUCAAUGCAUGUUCAGACUAAUACCGUGUGUGUGUGUGUUAUGUUGUGUUGUCUGGUUUAUUUUAAUUACUGUGUUACAUUGAGGUCUAAUGUUGUAUGUUGUGAUGUAGGAUAUACUAGUAGAUCUGGAGAUGAAAUAAACAGUGCUUGAA